AUGGAAAAUAUGCCACCACCAUCUUUAAAUAUAUUUGAUAAAUUACAAUUGCAUGCAAAAGGACUAAAAUCAGAUGAUAAAUUUUUGACUUCACUACGUGAACAAUGGAAAAAUGUCCUUCGAAAAACAAAAUUAGACCUAACUACAUUGAUGAGACAAGCUAAAGUAGUUGAAUUAGAACAAGCAAAGAAAGAAUAUGAAGAAUUAAUAAAAAAACUUUCGGAUCAUGUUCGAGAAUCAUAUAAUGUUAUGUGUCAGCAAAAAGGGCGUGCAUAA